AUGUCCCUCAAGCGGAAAGCCUCCUUCAUAGCUCUCCCGACCAGUCCGUCAGCUCCAGCCCCUAGUGAAUGGGGCAUGGUGAUCGAUGGGAGCCCACAUCUCCACAGUCGAACGCGAAAACGCUUCAGAGACGAUCGUCCUAGUGACCAAGUGAUUUAUCAAAACACACUACGAUGGAUCUUCUCCGCCCAAAAGCAGCAGGAGUCUACACAGGCUACCGAUAUGGAUACAAUGGACUUAGAGCCAACCCCCGAAACACCAGAAGUCCUCGACCCCCGACAGCAAACAUUACACCGAUUCUUCCAACCAAAACCUCAGCCAUCAUCGGCUUUCCGACCAUCCCGUCAAGCACUUGCACCUCGUGCCAAUGAGACUGCGCAGGCCCAUGAAGAUCUCCUGCGUCGCCAGGCGUUUAAUCAAAUAAUCUCGGGAGACAGCCCGAGCGAGAGCAAUAGUCCUGGAUCCAAUCAGGAGAGUGUUGAUGUGGACAUGGAUAUGGACUGA